AUGCAUAGCAAAUGUCUUGUGAGUUGUCCAUUACAGGGUUUUUCUUUCCUUAAGGUCUCAAAGGAGGUUCCAAUGUGGGUUCAUUCCCUAAUUUGUUCUUUGCUCUUUGCAUUUGUGGUGCAUUUUUGCUAUGCACAUGACAAGAAAAUCGAAGUUGCUGGAAUUGUAGAGUGUGCUGACUGCAAAGGGAGUAACAUCAAACCUAGUCAAGUAUUUUCAGGGCUUCAUGUAACAAUUGAUUGCAUGCUGAAGAAUGGAAAAGUAAAAAGAAGAGGGGAAGGAAAAGUCUGUGGAAAUGGAAAAUUCAAAGCUUUUCUUCCUGAGGGGAUUCUCCAUGAAGGAAAACUGAAGGGGAAAUGCUAUGCACAGCUUCAAAGUGGAUCUGCUGCAUGUCCAGCCUACAGUGGCAUAGAGGAUUCCAGGAUUCUAGUUUUCAAAUCAAAAACUGAAGGAAAAUACAUAUUGAAACCAAAGGGAAUUCUGAAAUUUUCCUCUGUGUUUUGCACUUUUGAUUUCCUCUGGCCAUUUUUCAAUCCAAUUUCUUACUGGCAAUGGAAGAAAAACUUAUUUUGGAAAUACUUUGGCCAACCAUGGUUUUUAGAUCCAUCACCACCAGUAAUCCCAACGCGACCUCCUCUAUCACCAGCUCCCCAGCCAUCUCCUGCACCAAGUCCAACCUACAGACCACCAUUAAAACCUCUUCUACCAUGGUUCCCAUAUCCUAAACCACCGGUCUUCAAGAAACUCUGUUCUCCAAAUUACUCCGACCACCGUAAGAAUGGAUGGUUCCAUCCGCUAAAUUGGUGUAAAAACUAGUGGGAUGCCUUCUGUUUCUUUCACUUGAAGGAUUAGAAGUUAAUAAUCUCCAGCUUUGCUUUCAAAAUUUCAGUGGAGAGAGAAAACAAAAAGAAGAGCAAUGAAUUCUUGUGUGCGAGAGAAUAUCAGUUUUAAUUGCCUAUCUGAAUUGGCAUGAAGUUGAUAUGUAUUGUUUUCUUGAAUUGAUAUCAUCAUCAUCAGUGAAUUUGGUCUUCUAA